GGGAGGCGACAGCCGCCCUCGAUAGUCUGUUAUUGUCGUGCGUUUCCAACGGGGGUGGGCUAGGGGCGCCCUCCCCCCAGAUUUUCAGAGGGAGCAGCGCUAAUCAGCUGCUCGCUCGUAGAGGAAAGGAGAUGGCUUCCCCGUGGGUGCAUUUUUGAAAUUCGCCGAGGAAGGGGUUAAACGUGAUCACUCCGGAAGGCAGGGCCUCUCGCCGCCGGGAGGUGCCUGGCCGCUGCAAACUCGUGCGUCGGAGGAACAGGAGGAUGGAAAGAGCUCUCUGGCCAGCUGGGAUGCUGUUUAGCAGGUUACUUCGUUCUUCCAAACCCCGAAACACCUCCGAGCUGCAUGCUCAGCAUAUGUGGUAGUUGUUGAAAUUUCACAAGUGCAAGAAUUGCCAGCUGCUGUAUUUCCAAAAUGUAAGACACGUGCUUCAGAACUUGUGGUCCAGAUUUCGAAGGUCACUGGCAUAUUUCUGCAAAUUACUUAUUGCCCUGUUCCAGUUAGUAUCAUGUAUAUGAGACAGUUGAAAUGGAUUUUUUUGUCUCUCCUCCUGUUUUCUGUCAUAACAAUAUGGUACGUAACUCUUUCCUCCAAUGCUGUGAUUGAGCAUACAAACUCAAUGUACUUUUAUGACUAUGAACCAGUUUACAAGCAACACUACCUCUUCACUUUGCGGGAACGCUUGAAAUGCGAAGACAUAAAUCCAUUUCUAGUCAUCUUGGUGUCUUCAGAACCUAAGGACGUGAAGUCAAGGCAGGCCAUAAGAAUAACGUGGGGAUCUAAAAACUUCUGGUGGGGACAUCGAGUUCUAACCCUUUUCUUACUAGGUCAGGAAACUCAAAGAAGAGACAAUUCUGCAACACUGUCAGUAGAAGAUGAAAGUAUUCUCUAUGGUGACAUAAUUCGCCAAGAUUUUAUGGACACGUAUGACAAUCUCACCUUGAAAACAAUCAUGGCGUUUAGAUGGGUAACGGAAUUUUGUUCAAAUGCUAGAUUCUUCAUGAAGACUGAUGCCGAUGUUUUCAUCAACACUGGUAAUUUAGUAAAAUUUCUUCUAAAGCUGAAUUCCUCAGAAAAUAUUUUUACUGGUUAUCCUCUAAUAGAUAACGUUGCCUACAGAGGCUUUUACAAAAAGACAUUUAUCUCCUAUGAUGAAUAUCCAUUCAGGUUGUUUCCUCCAUAUUGUAGUGGAAUGGGCUAUAUAUUGGAUGGGAAACUUGCUCUGAGGAUUUAUGAAUUGAUGAGUCAUAUCAAACCUAUUAAAUUUGAAGAUGUUUAUGUUGGAAUUUGUUUAAGUAUACUUAAAGUGAACAUCAGUAUUCCAGAAGAUAAGCAACAGUUCUUUCUCUAUAAAAUUAACUUUGAUAUUUGUAAGUAUAGACAUUUGAUUGCAGUACAUGGUAUUACGUCAAGCGAAAUAAUCAGGUUUUGGCAAGAUUUGUCCUCAGCCACUUCACUUACUUGCCUUUGAUUCUGUGUUAAUAUGAAUCAUCUUAAACCUUUGAAUUUCAGUGUAAAAAUGUUUUAGGGAUUUAGGGAAACAUGAAGCAAAACCACAGUUAUAGUGGCUGGCUAAAUGACUGGCUAAAGGAGGGACUACUCUGCUGCAAGGACAAAACUGGUCUGGCAGCAUUUCUCUGAGGCUUUCUAAUACUCCUAAACUGAAUAGAUCAGGAAUUCCCAACACACCUUCCGUGUACGUAUCCUGUGCAUGCUAAGAGAAUUUGGAAUGCUCUGUCCUGAUCGCAGCCUUCUCCAUACGUUUUGCUGUAACCACAGGAUUUCUACCUGAAUCUCCUGGUGUUUAUGAAAUCUCACCAACAAAUAACGUUUCUUCUGAGAAACGAGCUUGGAUGGUGCUUCCCAAAUCCCCGGCUAACAGGACUUUUUGCUGUUUUGCAAGCUAUCCUCCUUUGCCACGCUCAGCAGAAGUAUUUGUUCUCUGCUCAGCAUGGAACUGAAAAAACUACUUUUAUUUAAAUGCAUGAAGUCAGUAAUCCUUCUGAGAGUGUUCCAAGACUUUGGAACGUUGAAUCUUAUUGUUGUCUGCAAUGAGAUUCAACUCUGAUGGCGAGUUCUGAAAAAUGCGGUGUACUCGUGUGUGCGUGUAUGUAUGUAUCUAUGAAACAGACUGAUGUUUUAAGCGGUGUAGAUAACAGUCACAGAGUUUGGAGGGCUAGCUGCAGGAGAGUCCGAGUGCAGUUUUGUUACCAUAUACCUCCUAAUAUAGCAAAAUCAUACCUACGUAUAUGUGCUGAUGCAUCCCAAGAGUUAUUGGAGCCCAUGCAGGGAAAAUAAAAACAGGUGUAUUUAAAUUGCCACUUUAUAGUUGUGUCCAAAGUAGUUUUUCUGUUUCAAAUUUUAAAAUUUAAGAAUGGAGCUCCAGGAAUCUUAAAGAACACAAAUGCAACUAUAUCUGUAAAGAUGGGUUUUGUAAUAACUUUAUUCAUAUCAGCAAUGCUAAGUUUUCAGUAGUUUAUACUUCUAAUGGACAACAAUACAGAAUCUGUAAUUGCAUUAACAUAACUAUCUUUGACACAUCUACUACACACUGAAGAUACUAUAGUUACACCCUGUACAUCUAGAAUGACAGAGCACUGCCACCUUAUUUGUACUAAAGCUAAUAUGUUACGAUAUAUUUACAUUUGGCUAUCUUUCAGACAGUCUCUUAGAGACAAAUUAGAAGAGAUGCAGAAACCUCUAGUAACAAGAUUGAGGUUUCACCUUUUUUUUGUUGUUACACUGUGAUUAUGGUCAGUAUUGACUUUUGCUGUCUUUUCGAUAACUACACAUAGUUUUAUGAUGGAAUUACAGGACACGCUUUUAACUAUAAAAAUGAGGUCUUAGGGGAGAAUACCGUCAAAACAAGCAUUUCAGAUUUCAGUGUUUUAAGAAUGUAUGUUAAGGAGGGUCAAAGUUUUUCAGAAAUAGAAUUCUUGGUUAAACUAAACAGCUAAGGAUACAGUAUUGCAUAAUUGAGGAAGGAAUGCUAUUGUGGACCUAGAAACAGAGGUUAAACUACUACGUUCGUAGGAUUUUAAGAUUUGUCAUUUGAUUAUUUUCGUAUUGUGGUCAGAUCUGAGAGCUCUGUGGAAAAUGGUUAACCUGUCCUC